AUGAGAACAUUAUAUCAUUAUCAUUGUGCAAUUGCGCACAUAUGUCAUCCAUUACAAAAGGUAACUCAAACAGGUUCGGCAUCUGCACGAAUAAUAAAUCAAAUUCAGCAAGAAAGACUUGCAAACCGUCUGAACCGGGCGGCACCACUGCAAAGUCCACGAUUCGUUGUACGAAAAAAAGUAGAGUACAAUAUGAGAAUGGAAGAAAAAAGAUUGAAGUUGCUGCAAGCAAAAUUAUUCCAUGCAACACAUGAAAAGCGGACUCCUGGAGCAGCAUAUAUAGCUCGCGGUGCAAGACGACCAUCCGCCUCCAAUCUCAAAAAUACAACAGCAUUUACUUUCUCGAACAACAAAACCAGAAGACAUGUGAAACCAGCAAUACCGAAAUAUUACAGUUGCAAGAAGCGUAAUUUGGAUCCAUCGGUAACUAGUAAUACCGAUCAAACGCCAUGGAGAACGGGCAGGGCAAAUACACCCACCUCACACGCAACAUAUAGAAGACUAAUUUUGACUACUGAUAAUGAUUUACUGGAUAAAUCUUCAUAA